AUGGAGAAGAAUUUUGAAGCCAUGGAGUGCCCGGAGGAGUAUAAGAAGAAGAUCGCUGUGUACUACUUGGAAGGCGACGCCACAGGAUGGUGGGACAGCAUAGACAGACAGCGUGGACACAACAUCACAUCAUGGGAGUCGUUCAAGGGAGAGUUUGAGAGGAAAUACUUUCCUCCAGAAGCAAAGCAUCGAUUGGAGCGCCAGUUCAUGAACCUUGUUCAAGGAGAUAGGCCAGUGAGGAGUUACGAAUCUGAGUUCACAAGGUUGAGGCGACAUGUCUUUGAUGGGCGUGAAGAUGAAGCAACUAUGAUCCGUAACUUUAUGUACGGAUUGAAGCCGGAGCUUGGAAGUCGUUUAGCUGGAAGCAACUUUAGCAGCUUAUCUGAGCUAGUGGAAAAAGCUGUUAAUGUUGAAACUGUAUUGGAGGCUGAAAGGAAGACCUUACCACAUUCUGGUGGACACACCAAGUUUAGCCAAGGAGAAAGGCCAAAUUUCAACAAGGGUCCAAGAUCUUACAAAGGAAAAGGGCGAGGAUUUGGAGGCCAAGCCAACAAUCGUGGUAACACUGUGGUGUGUUACAUAUGUGAUCAACCGGGACAUAUUUCUAAGUUUUGUCCCAACAGACAACGGAGUAACCAGCAGGGUUAUUCAUCUAUAAGGAUGGAAGAUGUUACUUGUUUCUCUUGCGGUAUGAAGGGCCAUUAUGCAUCGUCAUGUCCAAACAAGCCAAUCCCUGCGACCCCUCUCGCAAUCCGAGCUCCUCCUAGCCGUCCAGCUAUUGAGCCAGCACCAAAGAAGCAAAACCUAGGAGGUAGAGUUUAUGCCUUAGGUGUAGAAAACCCAGACAAUGCAGGACCGUCAAGCGGUCCCAUCACAGGUAUUGUGGGUGCUUAA